AUGAUGAGCAUCAAGUCCCUUCUUGUCUCGGUUCUCCUCAUCGGAGCAGUCCAGGCAGACGACUCAAAGGAUCUCAGCAAACAUAAUUGUUGUCUCCAUAUCAAAGAUGCCAGUGACGCUUGGUGGAUGACAAACCCCGACAUCACCAAAGAAGUCUGCAAUUCGUACUACAAGGAUGUCCAAGAUUGGGACGUGCGACGAGCACAAGAAUGGGACUAUCAAGGAUGCGGACUGGAAGAGCAAGUGUAA